CUUCCAUCUUUAUUUUAUUCUUUCGUCAUCCUUCUGAAAUCCGAUCUGAUCACUGAGAAAUUACGGCGACGACGAAGAAAGUGGGGGAGGGGUAGAAAAUGAGAAUCUCAGGUCUCGGGAUUGUUGUUCUCUCUGUAUUCGUUUUCUAUUGCGUCGAACUUAGCGUUCACGCUCGUCCCGUUGUUCUCGUCCUCUCCAAUGACGACCUCAAUACUGGCGGCGAUGAUAACGGAGUCGGAGAGUCCUCUGACUUCGAUGAGUUUGGGGAAUCCGAACCUAAGUCCGAAGAGGAGCUUGAUCCCGGUUCGUGGCGACCGAUCUUCGAGCCGGAGGACUCCACCGUCCAAGCCGCGUCGCCGCAGUACUACUCCGGCCUCCACAAGAUUCUAGCGGCGGCGAGUGAGGGAAAUGUGAGAUUGAUGGAGGAAGCGGUGGAAGAGAUAGAGACAGCUUCUUCAGCUGGAGAUCCGCACUCGCAGUCAUUAAUGGGCUUCGUUUACGGGACAGGAAUGAUGCGGGAGAAGAGCAAAAGCAAGUCGUUUCUUCACCAUAAUUUCGCAGCUGAGGGUGGGAAUAUGCAGUCCAAGAUGGCGCUUGCGUUCACUUGUCUGCGUCAAGAUAUGCACGAUAAAGCUGUCCAGUUAUAUGCUGAACUAGCAGAGACGGCCGUGAAUAGUUUUCUGAUAUCAAAGGAUUCGCCUGUGGUCGAACCAACCAGAAUCCAUAGCGGAACUGAAGAAAACAAAGGUGCUCUGAGGAAAUCCCGCGGGGAAGAGGAUGAGGAUUUCCAGAUAUUGGAAUAUCAGGCACAGAAAGGGAAUGCUGGGGCGAUGUACAAGAUUGGACUGUUCUACUACUUUGGUCUACGAGGAUUAAGGCGUGAUCACACCAAGGCAUUGCACUGGUUUUUAAAGGCUGUUGAUAAAGGGGAGCCGAGGUCAAUGGAACUUCUUGGGGAGAUAUAUGCUCGAGGAGCUGGUGUUGAAAGAAACUAUACCAAGGCACUUGAAUGGCUUACACUUGCUGCAAAAGAAGGUCUCUAUUCAGCAUUUAACGGAAUUGGCUACCUGUAUGUCAAAGGCUAUGGCGUAGAGAAGAAAAACUAUACUAAGGCAAGAGAAUAUUUUGAGAAGGCUGUUGACAAUGAAGAUCCCAGCGGGCAUUAUAACCUUGGAGUUCUGUAUCUGAAAGGCAUCGGAGUCAAAAGGGAUGUGAGGCAAGCAACAAAAUACUUCUUUGUAGCUGCAAAUGCUGGUCAACCAAAGGCUUUCUAUCAACUCGCCAAGAUGUUCCAUACUGGAGUUGGGCUUAAGAAGAACCUAGAAAUGGCCACUUCGUUUUAUAAACUAGUAGCAGAAAGGGGGCCAUGGAGUUCUCUCUCCAGAUGGGCUCUUGAAGCUUACUUGAAAGGUGAUGUGGGUAAAGCUUUGAUCUUGUACUCGAGAAUGGCAGAGAUGGGCUAUGAAAUAGCACAAAGUAAUGCUGCGUGGAUCCUCGAUAAAUAUGGCGAAAGAAGCAUGUGCAUGGGAGUAUCCGGGUUUUGCACUGACAAGGAGAGACAUGAGCGAGCACAUUCUUUGUGGUGGCGUGCCUCUGAACAAGGCAAUGAGCAUGCUGCUCUGCUCAUUGGAGAUGCAUAUUACUAUGGCCGGGGUACUGAGAGAGAUUUUGUGCGUGCGGCGGAAGCAUACAUGCAUGCUAAAUCACAGUCAAACGCGCAAGCAAUGUUCAACCUGGGAUACAUGCAUGAGCAUGGACAAGGACUUCCCUUUGAUCUUCAUUUGGCCAAACGUUAUUAUGACCAAGCCCUUGACAGCGACGCGACUGCGAAAUUGCCAGUCACACUUGCUCUCGCUAGCUUAUGGCUACGUAGAAACUAUGCUGAUACCGUCCUGGUGAGAGUUGUGGAUUCAUUACCAGAAGUGUAUCCAAAGGUGGAGACUUGGAUUGAGAAUGUGGUGUUUGAAGAAGGUAAUGCGACAAUACUUACACUCUUUGUCUGUCUAAUCACAAUUCUCUAUCUCCGAGAGAGACAACGAAGACAAGUCGUUGUCGCCGAUCCAGUUGCUGGGGAUGUUGCACAACCCCUCGAUGCUGACGUGGCACAACACCUUGCUGCGUUCCCACGGUGAUGAGGCGAUCAUCGUCUUCUUCUUCGUAAUAGCAGAGAAUAGUCGGGUUUUUUUGGUGCUCUUCUACUGUACAGUUUAAAGUUAAAAAAGUUAAAACUUAUUACUUCAAAAAAUUGUGAUACUGAGUAUGUAGAGUCUUGUCGCCGCUUCUUUUUGUAACCUAUCAUGUUGGGCCAAGGUCUAAUAGAUGUGGCCUAUUACGUUGUACUAUUAACCAAAUUUAAAGGUCAGCUAAAUCUUCUGUGCCUUUGAGUUUAGGAUGUUAAAAUGUGUUUUUGAAUUUGGACUAGCGGGGGAAAGCUAGACUCAUCAG